AAAAAAAAAAAAAUAAUAAUAAGGUCGUUUGGUCUUUUAUUUUUUUCUUGAAGAAAUUUUUAACAAAUUUUUUAAUAACUUUACAUAAAUUUAAUAACAUAUUAUCGUAUUAUUUUAAUCACUCAAUAUCAAAUAUGGGGGAGGUUAAACUCAGCAAUGAAGUAAUCGAACAAAUAAGAGGUUUUAAUCAUUGGAACUUAACUAAAGAACAAGAAACUUUAAUAGAUAAAGUAAUUACGGAUAAAAAUUUAAAAGAACGUUUUAAAGAAGAUGGAUUAUGUAAAGAAUGUAAACAACCAAAUGCUAAUAGUUUUUUAACAAGAAAUUAUUGGUGUCAGUCAUGUAACGCCAAACAUUUUGAACAGAAUUUUAAUAAUUGGACAAGUGGGAAUAAAAAUGUUGAUGAAUUUAUUCGAAAAACUCAAUUAAAUGCUAAAAAUCAUUAUGAAGUUAUAGAAUGGAUAGAUUAUAAUAAAUUUGAAAACGUUGAAAAUUUAACCAAUGGAGGUUUUGGAACCGUAUAUAGAGCUAAUUGGAAAGAUGGAUAUAUAUGUGGAUGGAAUUCUGAAAAUAAUCAAUGGGAAAGAUAUAAAUAUAAUUAUGAAGAUUUCCUGGUUGCCUUAAAAAGUUUAAAUAAUUCACAAGAUAUUUCGCCUGAAUUUUUAAAAGAAAUUCAAUCAAAUACUACGAUCAACUCGUAUAACGUAAUUCAUUGUUACGGUAUUACUAAGGACCCAGAAUCCAACAAUUUUAUGAUGGUUACAGAAUAUGCGAAGAAUGGUAAUUUAAGACAACAUUUAAAUAAAAAUUUUACUUCGUUGAAGUGGAAGGAAAAACUUCAUAUUUUACAUAAUAUUGCAUAUGGUCUCUGCGAUAUUCAUAAUAAUAAAUCAAUUCAUCAUAAUUUUCAUUGCGGAAAUAUAUUUAACAGUGGAAUCACAAUUGCAGAUAUUGGAGUAUAUCAACCGGCGAAUGUAAAACCUCCUCAAAAUGAUAACGAUAAAAAAGUAUAUGGAGUAUUACCUUAUGUAGCGCCAGAAGUUUUAAGAAAAAAAGAAUAUACUCAAGCAAGUGAUAUUUACGGAUUUGGAAUCAUCGCAUAUGAAGUCUGUACAGGAUUGCCUCCUUGUCAUGAUGUGGCUCAUGAUGAAGCUUUAGCGAUUGCAAUUUGUCAAGGAUCAAGACCAAAAUCUAAUUAUACAAUUCCUCAACUGAUUUCGAAUAUAAUUAAACAAUGUUGGGAUGCGGAUCAUUCAAAGAGACCUAAUGCGAACGCACUAAAAGAGUUAUUAAUGAAUUUAUAUGACGACACUAGAUAUAAUAGUAAUUCAUUAAUUUAUAAGCAAAUUAUAGAAACAAAUGAGGCUAAUAAACAGUUAUAUUCAUCAAUGAAAACAUCAUUAUCAUCGACUGGUGUUCUUUCGUAUAAAAUACAUCCUCAAGCAGUUUACACAAGCAGACUUUUAGACUUUAAAAAUCUUCCCGAACCAAAAAAUGCUACUGAUGAUCUUAAGCUUAAAACCAUCUGAACAUAAGUUUUAAAAAUAUCGUCAUCCUUAAAAAUGAUUUUAUGAAGUCGCUAUUGUAGACGGUAAAUUUUUAUUUAUUUAUUUUUUUUUUAUAAUUUUACGUAUUUUUUAUGUAUAUUUUAUUAUGUAUAUU